AAACAAAUGCGAUUUCUGUUUUGGUGGUUGGAAGUCGGAUCUUGGGCACUCACGUUUCGUUAGGCAUGGAACAAAUGGGAUGUUGCUGUUAUUCCUCAGUUAUAUAGAUUUGUAACCUGUGAGCUGCUUCUGAUUUUUAUUAGAUUUCUGAGGGGUUUUUUUAGCUCUGAGAGUUGAGUCACAGGGCUGGCCUGAGCUGCUUUAUAACACACACAAUAGCAGGCAGUGCAGUAAUGAUUGUUGCUGCCAAGCAGCAGGGAGAACGCGCUCCCUGCACGGACCAUGCCCAGUGACCACGUUUGGACCAAAGGCCUGCAUGCUGCAAAACCCUAAAACCAUUAUGCACAUCCAGGAUCCAGCCAGCCAGCGGUUGACGUGGAACAAACCCCCCAAGAGUGUCCUGGUGAUCAAGAAGAUCCGGGAUGCCAGUUUGCUGCAGCCCUUCAAGGAGCUUUGUGUGUACCUGACCGAGGAGAACAAUAUGAUAGUGUAUGUAGAGAAAAAGGUGUUGGAAGACCCUGCCAUAGCCAAUGAUGAGAAUUUUGGACCAGUGAAGAAGAAAUUUUGCACCUUCAGAGAAGAUUACGAUGAUAUCUCCAAUCAGAUAGACUUUAUCAUUUGCCUGGGAGGAGAUGGGACCUUACUUUAUGCUUCUUCACUUUUCCAGGGCAGCGUCCCUCCAGUUAUGGCUUUUCAUCUGGGAUCCCUUGGAUUUCUCACUCCCUUUAAUUUCGAGAAUUUUCAGUCCCAAGUCACUCAGGUUAUAGAAGGCAAUGCAGCCCUGGUGCUCAGGAGCAGGCUCAAGGUGAAGGUGGUGAAGGAGCACAGGGAGAGAGCGGCGGUCCCGAACGGCAUCGAGGAGAACGGGGUCGUGCCCGCCAGCCUGGAGAAGGAAGGGGGCAAGCAAGUCAUGCAGUACCAGGUCCUCAACGAGGUCGUGGUGGAUCGUGGCCCUUCCUCCUACCUGUCCAACGUGGAUGUGUUUCUGAAUGGACACCUGAUCACCACAGUGCAGGGAGAUGGGGUCAUUGUGUCCACCCCCACGGGCAGCACGGCGUAUGCAGCCGCAGCAGGAGCCUCCAUGAUCCAUCCCAACGUUCCUGCCAUCAUGAUCACCCCCAUCUGCCCACACUCCCUGUCCUUCAGACCCAUCGUGGUUCCUGCUGGCGUGGAACUCAAGAUCAUGCUCUCCCCCGAUGCCAGGAACACGGCCUGGGUUUCCUUUGAUGGGAGGAAGAGGCAGGAAAUAUGCCAUGGAGACAGCAUCAGCAUCACUACCUCUUGCUACCCCCUCCCUUCCAUCUGCUUCCGAGACCCCGUGAGCGACUGGUUCGAGAGCCUGGCCGAGUGCCUGCACUGGAACGUGAGGAAGAAGCAGAACAACUUUGCCGUGGAGGAGGAGGAGUUUUGAGUGUCUCCAUCUCCCAGCCCCGUGGGAGUGGAGAGUGGCAGCGUCCCUUCUGUCUGCUUGGG